AGGGGGGCGCUGACCCGGAUGUUCACUCCUGGGCACCCGGGGAAGUGGAAGCGCCGGGCCCUGCUGCGGGGGGGAGAGCCACAGACGCCGGGACCGGGACCGCCGCCGCCGCCGCCACCAUGAGUGAUCAGCAGCUGGACUGUGCCUUGGAUCUCAUGAGGCGCCUGCCUCCACAGCAGAUCGAGAAGAACCUCAGUGACCUGAUCGACCUGGUCCCCAGCCUAUGUGAAGAUCUCCUGUCUUCUGUUGACCAGCCACUGAAAAUUGCCAGAGACAAGGUGGUGGGAAAGGAUUACCUAUUGUGUGACUACAACAGAGAUGGGGACUCUUAUAGGUCACCAUGGAGUAACAAGUACGAUCCUCCUUUGGAAGAUGGGGCCAUGCCAUCUGCUCGGCUGAGAAAGCUAGAAGUGGAGGCCAACAAUGCCUUUGACCAGUACCGAGACCUGUAUUUUGAAGGCGGUGUCUCAUCUGUCUACCUCUGGGAUCUGGAUCACGGCUUUGCUGGAGUGAUCCUCAUAAAGAAGGCUGGAGAUGGAUCCAAGAAGAUCAAGGGCUGCUGGGACUCCAUCCAUGUGGUAGAAGUGCAGGAGAAGUCCAGUGGCCGCACUGCCCAUUACAAGUUGACCUCCACGGUGAUGCUGUGGCUGCAAACCAACAAAUCCGGCUCGGGCACCAUGAAUCUCGGAGGCAGCCUCACCAGACAGAUGGAGAAGGAUGAAACUGUGAGCGACUGCUCCCCGCACAUAGCCAAUAUUGGGCGCCUGGUGGAGGACAUGGAAAACAAAAUCAGAAGUACACUGAACGAGAUCUACUUUGGAAAAACAAAGGACAUCGUCAAUGGGCUGAGAUCUCUUGAUGCUCUCCCCGACAACCACAAGUUUAAACAGUUGCAGAGGGAGCUUUCUCAAGUGCUGACCCAGCGCCAGGUCUACAUCCAGCCUGAUAACUAAGCCAAUCCAGGUACCCUGCCUGAAAGGCGUGAGACCCCCACUAAACAGGACUCACCAACCCGCCAACACCCGCCGUCCAGCUGCUGCGCACCCCUUUAAACCACCACUAACCUCCGAGUCCGCUCACGGCCGUGAGCAGCCACAUUAACGUGCAGCCUCAGCCCCACGUAACCCGGACACGUGUGAUGUGCGUGGCGUGUGUGCACUGUACUCUGGGCGGAGGCCAGGUGUCGGGGAGAGGUGUGAUUUGGUUUUUUGCUCCUAAAGAAGCCCAGUCCAGUGACUAGCAGGCCCCUUGUGUGCGCCUGUCCCACCAGCUCAAAGCAGGGGUCUGUGCCCUCUUCUGUCACCUCAUGCAGUGUCUCUGGCUCUGUCACCUCACCUCGUGCAGUGGGUGUGCAGCAGGUCCUUCCUUUUCCUUUCCCAGGACCAAGAUAAGCCCCAGUCUUAGUGGCACAUGGACCUGGAAAGGGUGGCCUCCCUCCCAGUCCCUGUGAUCACUUGCCAUCCUGGCUACCGCGGGAGCCCCUGGGCACCAGUGCCUGUGGUACCUGGGGUGUCUGGGGUGCCUGGCAGUGUGGCCUCCGCCCUAGCGAGCCAAGGCUAUCCUCAGCAUUGCGCUGUUGGAAAGGAAAAUGGUCUUCUUGUUGGUUAAUGGCCAGGAACCACGAUGUGUGACAGCAGCCAGCACCCUAGAGAGCGGGGGCGGGGAGGCUGCCUCUAGAAACUAGAAAUAAGAGCAGGGGGCUGCGGAGCCCACUUGGUCCAGGGCUGGACACCGAAAGCCUGGCCCAGAAGAGGCACAGGGCUUCCAGCGGGGCUGGCCAGGGCGUGUGCGUGCCAGAGGGGCUGCCCUCCUGCGCUGAGGCCGUGGGCACUGGCUUGAGGUUCAUGGUGGCCACAGCUCCAGCCUCAGCUGGGGCCUUCGGGUGGCCUGCUGUGCUCCCAGGAAGCCUUCCAUGAGGGGCACCACCCAGUGCCCUUCCCUGGCCACCCACUGCUGGCCUCCUGGCACAAAAAACCUGGUGGGUGGUGGGCACCGGGCACCUGACUGCCCAGAGUGCGUCCUCCUGCUGAAUGCUCUGCCUAGGUGACUUUCCCCAGCUCUGCCUGUGAGAUGAGCCCCUGCUCUUGGUGCCUCUCGCGUUCUGACUUGCCGUCUCCCACCUGAUCCUCCUCUGUGGGGUGGGGCUGGCUAGACUCAGCUCGGGCCUGGCGCGCUCAGCUCCUCCUCCCCAGAAGAGCCGGCCACGCCAGGCCCAGGAGCCCCGCACUGCUGCUUGGCCUCCUUGCCCUCCCACCCCCGCCCUCUGUCCCCGUCCCUGCUGUGAGCUGAGGAAGCUCUUGGUACCAGCUGAGCUUUGGAGACCAGGGCCUGCUGGGGUGGUGCCCUGCCCUGCCCCUGGCUGUGGCAGAUCCGGAGGCAGUCCACGGCGACGGGCAGCAUCAACCAAACACCAGCGUUUCUCAUGGGGACUUUUUUCAGCUGUGUGCAGAUGGCUUCUCUUACCAACGCCCCUUCCUGAGGACUCUUUGAUUUUCUAGGGUUCGGUAGCCAGAACUCGGGCCGGGGUGCUGUGGCCUCCCGGCCCUGCUCCACCUGGCUACCCCUUCUCAGCACACUCCCUCCCCACUCUGUCACGGUGGGUGGCCUGCAGCAAGACCCUGGCUGAGCACACUGUCCCGCGCUCGCUUCCUCCUGUCCCCACCGCUUCUAAACUGUCACACGGUUGUUAAUAAUUAGUGAGUUAGUUACUAAUGUUGGGCAAAUUUGACCAAGUGAUCACCCAGGGAAUCGCUGUGGGGGGGCAUUUCUUGGAGCUCAGUUUCCUUGUGUGUAAAUGAGGGUUAAUAAUGGUGAAGACUCCAAGAUGCGUGUGAGGAUCCAAUGACAUGCAGUGUAUGAGCAGCACUUUGUGAAUCGUAAAUGUCUAAAUCCCUGUUUCUAGCUUUGCUGAAGUUUCCCCACAGAUCCAGGAUUGACAGUGGGGGGCCCAGGGCACCCUCCCCCCACCUCCUGGAGCUUGGGUGAGGGCUUUUCUGGGCCGUUAACAGCCGCAGUGCCUCCCAGCAGAAGCCAGAAGCCAGAAGCCCUGCCUUUGCCGUGUGCCCUGAUGUGACCGCAGCACACACAGACGAGGGUCCCUGGACACCUGUGGGUGCUGCUGCGCCCUGACUUGCCAGGGGAGCAUCCAGCCUCCUGCAGGGCUGGAGUGGAGAAGGGGGAGGCGCUGUAGAGGGCCUCGUGGCCCCUGGCCUGAGUCCACCUCCUGGGGCCGCGGGUCUGAAGCCAAGAGUCUUCACCACAUGGUGCUUGGAAGCCGCCUGGUUCCAGAAGGUGUUGCAGACUGGGGUUCUGGUUGCUAGGGCCAGGUCACCCAUGGCCCGGGGCAGCGGUGACCUGCCUGUGCAGGUCUCUGGGGCCCAGCAAGGAAAGGGGGUGCAGGUCCCGCAGCUCUGCCCGCUCCGCGCCCUCCAGGCCUGGUCCCUUCCGCAUCCUCCUCCCAUUCCACCGCUCACAGCACCUUUCCUCCC